AGUACUUCAGACAUAUUUUCAGAACUCAAGAACUCAAAUAUCAUGGCGUCCAACCCUAAAACUGCGAAGAGGUUGGGAUCUGUGAUCAAAUUAAAGCCAGAAAUGUAUCAAAAAUACAAAGACCUUCAUGCGGCAGUAUGGCCUGAGAUCUUGAAAAGGAUAUAUGAUAGUAAUAUAAGGAACUACACUAUUUACUAUGACAAACAUCAUCACUUGUUGUUCUCUCACAUGGAGUAUAUUGGGGAUGACUUGGAAAAGGACAUGGCUGCUAUAGGAAAUGAUCCUUUGACAAAGAAAUGGUGGAAAGUGUGUGAGCCUUGUCAAGAGUCUUUAGAGUGGACAGGGCCACCACCCAGUGAGGGGGGCGAGGGGGGCAACUGGUGGGCGCCAAUUGAGGAAGUGUUCCAUGACGGCCAUCCUGCUACACAUUAUCAUUAAACUACUCAGAUUAUUCCAGGAUAACUGAAGACUAUAAGAAAUGAUUUCUAGUCAAAUCAGUCACCUAGUCAGUUAGUCAAUGGUCUAGUCACUCAGUGAGUCAGUCUAUUAGUCAGUCAGUCAGUCACAAAGCUAGUGAGUGAGUCAGUCAGUCACUCAGUUAGUCAUUUAGCUAAGUAUGGAGUUAAUGAAAUAGUCAGUCUGUUAGUCAGUCUGUUAAUCAGUCAGUAAGUGAGUCAUUCAGUCAGUAAGUGAGUCAUUCAGUCAGGUACUAGCGGUAGGUCGGUCAAAAUGUCAGAGAGUCAGUCAGACCAUCCUGCCACGUAAACCAAGAACAAGCCAAGAACUAAGAGAAGUCAUAAUCAAAAGUAGCAUAACAACCACAAAUUAUUUUUUACUUAAGCCUAAUAUACUAAAUAUUGAAAGAAGGUAUUAUGCUAGCUUGCUAUAAAAGCGGUUAGUUGUGAUGUUAAACAUUAAUAUAAGCUUUAUAAAAAAGAGAUUCCUUUAAAAGAGCAAUUAAUGGUGUUAAUAAACCUACUUGUAGUGAU